CGCCGUGGUGUCUAACGAGAUUGUAGCGGUGUCGUUUAAAUUUGAUACAUUACAGCGCUUGAAACAUGCAACAUGCGUGUCGGCAUACAUGUACACUGUACAGGCGGCGCACCACUGACAGAUGAUAGAUUUAAGUAAUGCAUACAAAAAUAAUAAUGGUAAUGGAGAAAUAGAAUACAAAAGAAAUCCAGCACCUGAUGGUCAUAGAUGCGGUGUAUGUCCCACAUAUUUCCAAAAAAUAUGUGCAUUUAACUUUAAGAAUAACAGUACACACAUAUUCGAUAAUCACUGCAUUAUGGACCUUUACAAUUGCAUAGAGGGAGCUGAAUUCAUUCCAAUGAAUUAUGAACAAUGUUUAUACUUCGGCAACUUUGCGUAUGUGCACGGUUACAAGUAUGAAGACGAAGACUACGAAGGGGAUCACAUUAUUGUAAAAGGAUCGAAGAAAAAUCCCGAUUUUGUUAGAUAACAUCUACUGAUCGAAGGCAGUGGUAGUGAGCUGGAAAUAAUAAAAACAUUUGCAAUAAUAAUUUUGUAAUUAAUAUAGUAUGGAAUAAAUAUAACUGACAAUUGAUAUAUAAUAUUAUAUAAUUUCGUUACAAUUGCAUGAGCAGAAAACUGAAACUAAUAUUAUUUUCACUGGUUUCAGUUACGUAUUACACUUUUUUCCUGUAUAUUAGAAAUAGGUACCUAUCAUAAAUUAUAAAAGACAACAAUUUUAAAUGAGUUUUUUUUUUUAACUCAUA